UCUGAUCUCGAGCAGCUAUUGGCUCCUGUCUGUGUCCACGUCACAAUCAUGAUUAGAAUUGAUGAUCGGACGUUUUGAUUUCAUUGUCUGGCGAAGGGAGUCGGGAAGAAAUCUGCUGAAUUCGAGCGUUCGUUUGAUUUGUCAACAGAAAAGAGCGUACUGGGCAGCUUCUUCAGACAAGGCGAGAUAACUUUCCAAGGCCACAAGUCGUGAGUUCUCUAUAGCCUGCAAAACUCCACAAGACCCUCUAGGAUGCAAGGACCCAGGAUGUAACAUUAGUAUUGUAAGGCUGGGCCAGAAAUCGCAUAACCCAAAGAACACUUGAGCAAAGGCUGUUGGUUUGCACAAUGGUGGACAAAUCCUCAUUCGCCUGACCAGUCACACUCACUAACUGCCGUUUCUGUGUCCAAAGUCACCUGAACUGAAAGCCUUUGGCAUUGAAAGCCUGGGUUUUUGUCUGUCACUACCCGACACAUCAGUCUCCUCCCCCCUCCCCCCGGAAAAAUGGAAGCAUGGCAGGAAAAGCGGACCGUUCACAAUAUGAAUCUGCGCUCGGUCUUCUCUGCCGAGCAGCAGCAGAUCCUGGAGCGUUACUAUGAAAACGGGAUGACCAAUCAGAGCAAAAGCUGCUUCCAGAUGAUCCUUCAGUGUGCUCAAGAGACCAAGCUUGAUUUCAGUGUGGUCAGGACCUGGGUGGGAAACAAGAGGCGGAAACUGGCAUCCAAGAUCGAGCAGCAGAACGGGGUUGUGGCGCAGGGUCCUCCGGGUCACAGUUUGGUGGGAGGUGGCGGCGGGCCGUUGGUGGGGGGGGUGGUGCUGACCCCGGACAUGGCGGCUUCGCGGAGCGUCCAGCGGAGCGGGCCUGUCGCACACCUCCUCCCGCCGGCGUCUACGUCCUCGACGUCCCCGGCCCCCUCCUCCUGCUCCCCCCACAGCAGCGGCGGCAACAACAACAACAACAACAACGACGUGAUUGUCACGGGCAUCUACUCCCUGAGCCGCACCCCCACCCGCCCGGGGGAGCCGCCCCCGUCUCACUCCCGGGCUACCGCCAAGGCCCCGCCCCCGCUGCGCUCGGGGGCGGAGCUACCCGUCCAGAUCCACGUUCGCCCCGCCCUGCGCACGGACAGCCCGUCCCUCCACGCCAAGGCGGCCUCUCUCCCCCGCCAGGCCGUCCACCAUAGCCCCUCCUCAGGCCCCGGCAUGUUCAGCCACAUCAGGAAGUCCUUCUCCCCCGGGGAGGCGACGGGCGUGCCCCGGUCCUGGGCCAGGCAGUACGGCCCGCCCCAGUCCCAGUCCUGGCCUUACCCCUCAUCGCAGAGCCAGUCGCAGCCCCAGCCCGGCCCGGCCCAAACGGGUCCUCAACCGGGCAUGUCGGAGCCGGGGGUCAGGAUCCAGCAGGUCUUCACCCUGGCCCCCCUCGGCGACACCCAGCGCAGACCCCCGUCGGGGGGCGGGCAGGCGCGGCCCACGAAGGCGCGCUCACCCGACAACACCGGGUGCUUUUCCAUCGCCAUGGAGACCGGGGACGCCGAUGACGAGUACGCCAGGGAGGAGGAGCUGGCGAACAUGGGGGCGCAGGUCCAGAUGUGCCCAGGCGGGGGCAGUAGCAGCAGCAGCAGCAGUGGGAGCAGUAUGGGUGGAGGGGGGGAAACCGGCGGAGCUACAGGGACGGGCCAGGGGGGCCCACGGAGAGACAGUCCCGCCAUGGGAAGGAACCCGACCGGGGCAAACCUCCCAAACUCUGACUACUUUGGGGGGAAAGGGUACCAGACGUCCCCCUCGUCUUCCCACGGCACCCCCCGGCAAAGCUACUACGGCAGCAUGGCUCCACGUGGAAGCUUCCCACUCCGCAUGCCCUUCCCGGGCUCUGGGCAGACUGUGCCCAGCUUCCAGCAGGCCUCUGGCACACUCAGCGCCCCCUGGAUAACCAGCAACUCCCGUAAAAGGACACUACAGGACCGGACACAGUUCAGUGACAGGGACCUGCACACGCUGAAGAGGUACUGGGACAAUGGCAUGACCAGCCUGGGCUCCGUCUGUCGGGAAAAGAUCUCUGCUGCAUCCACAGAGCUGAGCGUGGACAGCGAGAUCGUCAAGACCUGGAUUGGUAAUCGCCGCAGGAAGUACCGUCUGAUGGGCAUUGAGAUCCCGCCCCCGAAGGGAGGUCCCGCCGUCUUCACCAACCAAUCGGAGACGGACUCGCCCCGCUGCUUGACUCCGGACGUGGACGACGUCACCACCCCCGAGCCGGGAGAGGACAGCGAGAGGACGGACGAGGUGUCCAUCUGUCUCUCUGAUGAUGGUGGCAGUGACACCUACCAGAGAGAAGACAGCGGUGAUGGGGACGGUGAGACCACUAGCGCUACCCUGGCUGAUAAUGUGAAAAUUGAAAUAAUUGAUGAUGAGGAGGAAGAUGGUGACAUGAGCGGCUUAGACUUGGAACACCUGCAGAAUCUCUUGGAGUUUAAGCAUGAAGAGGUGCGCUACCUUGAGAGUGAGCUAGAGAACCAAAAACAGAAGUAUACUGAGCUGCAGACUUUUACCCGGAACUUACUAAAUGCCAUGAAGAAUGAUGACAAGGAGAAACAGCAGGAGCUGUUGGCGAGCCUACCUCAAGAAGUUGAAGAGGACUGUGAGAUGAGCCCAGAGAUGGAGGAGGAACCUGGUGUCUCAGCGAUCAGCAUCCAGAGCUGUUCCCCAGGGCCGGAGGAGACAGGGGACCAGGCGCCUCUGUGACAGUGGCCCUCGCCCCCACACACCCCUCUCACUACAACCACCACACACUCCAUACGGUGCCUGCUGACACUCACACCUAACUGUACUGGGCUUGGAAUGCCUUUUUUCUACUGCAUAUCAGAUUGCCUUGUUCAACAUUUCCAGUCCUACUACAAUAAAUGCCACUAACUUGAUUGGCUGUCUC